CAUUUGUUGCAAAAAGUCUCCAGUAAUCCGACGUCUGAAAUCGGCCGAUCAAAAAACACUGCGUCAGCACCAAAAAGCUCCCAUUUUUAUUUAUUUUCCCCUCUCUCUCUCUCUCUCUUCUUCUAAUCGAGCUUCGCUUUUGGCCGGAAUCGCCAAUGGGAUUAGGGUUUCUGCUCCGGUGAUGUCUGGCUUUCUACCCCGAAAGCCCUAAUUAGCUGGUUGAAAAAAGCUAGGGUUUCCGAUUCCGAACAUGUCAGGGUCUUCCAGGGGCCAAGUCACCAUUACGCUUGGGCGUGGCCAGGUAGUAAAGAGGGCUGUUUCGGGUUCGGGUGCUGAGUCUCUGCCCGCGGCCGGGACGAAACGGUCGGUUAGAGAUAGGUUAGGGAGUAAUGCUGAUAGCUCUGUGUCGAAUGGAAGUGUAGGCAACAGCAACAGCAACAAACGCCAGCGAGGACAUAGUGGUAUGUCAAGUUUGAACUCCAAUGGUUGUGAUGAUCCAUGCAUUGGUAAAGACGACCUCCGGUUUAAACUCAUGCAAAAAAAUGCAUUUAGACGGGCUCAGAGUGAUGAUGAUGAUCAGAGGCAUGGAGAUCUUCGUGAGAAGCUGUCAAAGGCAGUUCAGCGUCCUGUUCCUAGCAUUGAAUCACGGUCACGGCAGCGCCUGCCUGAACCACAAGAGAGUGGUUUUUUCGGUCGAGUUCCUUCUACGAGAAGUGCAGAUGUUUUGCCUCGAGGCCCUGCUACAAGAAGUGCAGAUGAUUUGCCUCAUAUGGACUCGUUGAGAAAUUCUUAUUCUCCUUGGACACUGGACCAUUUACGACAAAGAUCCCCAGAAAGAGUUCAAGUCACUUAUAGGGGUCUCUCCCCUCAGAGGAACGUAGAAGACUUGCAGAGAAGGCCAUUAAACAGGACAUAUGAUGACGGCAGAUCUGUUCCAUAUAUGAACAAAGAUGUUCUAGACGCUACAAGGCCUGCGAGUACUGCACCUUUCAUGUCUAAUACUGCACUGCCUCCUGGACCUGCAAAGCAUAUGGCAGCCGCCCCGCCCCAUAUGAACCAAGUUCCUCCACUGAGUAGCACUGUACAGAAACCUCCAUAUGUGGGUGAUGAACAACAGACAGUAGAUGGCUUGCUGCAACACCUCGGAUUGGGAAAAUAUGCCAUUAUAUUCAAGGCUGAGGAAAUUGAUAUGACUGCAUUGAAGCAGAUGGGAGAAAAUGACCUCAAAGAGCUGGGAAUACCUAUGGGACCUAGGAAAAAGCUUCUGCUUGCUCUCUUACCUCGUUCCAAGCGGCCACUGCCCACAAAUAUACGUUAGGAGUGGAUUCAUUGCGGUCAUCAGUUACUUACCUAUGAUUGAAAGCUCUCUUGCCUCCUUCCAAGCAGCCUAUCGCCACAGAUAUAUGUUAAAGGCCGAUAUGUUGUGAGCAUUAGUUAGUUUGCUAUGAUUGAAAGCUAUGUUAGAAAGUCUUUUACAUGAAAUGAUUCAGCUUCUGUACUAAUCAGUUGCCAUUAUUUAAAAGUACGGAAAACUUCUUUUGUUUAUACUAAUUCAUGGUAACAAGAAAUUUUGCGA